UGCGGCGGGGGCGGAGCUGGCGGAGCAAGUCCGCGGCCUGCUCGGGCUCGCGGUGCCCUGGGGACGCCGGGACUGUGAGGCCGGGCGGCGGCGGCGGAGGCGGAGGCGGCGGCGGGAGCCCCAGUCUGGAGCGCCAUAUGAGACGGUUUAAGCGGAAGCAUCUUACAGCCAUCGACUGCCAACAUUUGGCUCGGAGUCACUUGGCUGUGUUCCAGCCCUUCGGUCAAAGAUGGACAAACAGAGACCCGAACCACGGUCUCUAUCCUAGACCCAGAACAAAAAGAGGGACUGGGGGUCAAGGAUGUCAGAGAUACAUCACUGAAUUCUUCCUAGCUGGCCGGCAGCGGUGCACCAAUGACAUGGCCAAAAGCAAUUCUGUGGGCCGGGACAACUCUAAGGACUCAGAGGGUGAAAUGAUCUUUGCUGCAGAGAGCAAUUGUGCCCUGCCUCAGGAAGGUGAUGGAGAAGCAAGACUGGGCUCAUCAGGGUCUGCUCUGCCUGCCAGGAAGCGGUCUCGGUCUUUUGAGGAUGAGAGAAAUCAAGCUACAGGGACCAUUCAGUGGGAUGGGGUUUCUAAGAAAACCCCACGGUGUCGUUUGUCUCCGUCAUGCACAAAGCCCAGGGAAGCCAGGCAAGAUGCAGAGGACUCUCUGUCAUGGCUCUCUGCAGAAUCUGGAGAAUCCAGCCAAGAAGUGGAGGACAUUGGUCCUGAUCCCAUUCCGGACUCUUACUAUGGGCUUCUUGGGACCUUGCCCUGCCAGGAACCCGAGAGCCACAUUUGUAGCCUGCCCAGUGAGGUCCUGAGGCACAUCUUUGCGUUCCUCCCCGUGGAAGAUCUCUAUUGGAAUCUGAGCUUGGUGUGCCACCUUUGGAGGGAGAUAAUCAGUGAUCCUCUGUUCAUUCCUUGGAAAAAGCUGUAUCAUCGAUACCUGAUGAACGAAGAACAAGCUGUCAGCAAAGUGGAUGGCAUCCUGUUGAACUACGGCAUCGAGAAGGAGUCCGAGUUGUGUGUGCUGAACCUCAUCCGCUAUACAGCCACCACUAAAUGCUCCCCAAGUGUGGAUCCUGGAAGGGCGUUGUGGAGUCUGAGGGAUCAUCUCCUCCUCCCUGAGGCCGAGGCGUGCGUGCGUCAGUACCUCCCUGAUCUCUAUGUCGCUGCUGCGGGGGUCAACGUGUGGGCUCUGGUGGCAGCCAUUGUCCUCCUCUCCAGCAGUGUGAAUGACAUCCAGCAGCUGCUCUUCUGCCUCAGGAGGCCCAGCUCCACCGUGACCAUGCCAGACGUCACUGAGACCUUAUACUGCAUCGCUGUGCUCCUCUACGCCAUGAGGGAGAAGGGAAUUAACAUCAGCAAUCGGAUUCACUACAACAUUUUCUAUUGCCUGUAUCUUCAGGAGAAUUCCUCUACUCAGGCCACAGAAGUUAAAGAAGAACCAUCAGUUUGGCCGGGCAAGAAAACAAGCAUCCAGCUUACACAUGAACAACAGCUGAUUCUGAGCCAUAAGAUGGAGCCUCUCCAGGUGGUAAAAAUUAUGGCAUUUGCAGGCACCGGGAAGACCUCUACCCUGGUCAAGUACGCUGAGAAGUGGUCUGAGAGCAGGUUUCUGUAUGUGACAUUCAACAAGAGCAUCGCCAAGCAGGCCGAGCUAGUCUUCCCCAGCAAUGUCACCUGCAAAACCUUUCAUUCCAUGGCCUAUGGACACGUCGGGCGGAAGUACCAAUUAAAGAAGAAACUGAAUCUCUUCAAGUUAACACCCUUCAUGGUAAAUUCUGUCCUUGCUGAAGGGAAAGGAGGAUUCAUAAGGGCCAAACUAGUGUGUAAGACUUUAGAGAACUUCUUUGCCUCGGCUGAUGAAGAGUUGACUAUUGAUCAUGUGCCUAUUUGGUGUAAGAACAGCCAAGGACAGAGAGUCAUGGUUGAACAGAGUGAAAAACUGAAUGGUGUCCUUGAAGCAAGCCGACUUUGGGACAACAUGCGGAAGCUGGGGGAAUGCAAAGAAGAGGCUUACCAAAUGACUCAUGAUGGCUAUUUGAAACUCUGGCAGCUGAGCAAGCCUUUGCUUGCCUCUUUUGACGCCAUCUUUGUGGAUGAGGCCCAGGACUGUACCCCAGCUAUCAUGAAUAUCGUGCUGUCACAGCCAUGUGGGAAAAUCUUUGUAGGGGACCCACACCAACAGAUCUAUACCUUCCGUGGUGCAGUCAAUGCUCUCUUCACGGUCCCUCACACUCACGUCUUCUAUCUCACACAGAGUUUUAGGUUUGGUGUGGAAAUAGCUUACGUGGGAGCUACCAUCUUGGAUGUCUGCAAGAGAGUAAGGAGAAAGACUUUGGUUGGAGGAAACCACCAGAGUGGCAUUAGAGGUGAUGUCAAGGGUCAGGUGGCCCUGUUGUCCCGGACCAAUGCCAAUGUGUUUGAUGAGGCUGUGCGUGUGACGGAAGGAGAAGUACCUGCAAGGAUACAUUUGAUUGGGGGGAUUAAAUCAUUUGGAUUGGACAGAAUCAUUGAUAUUUGGAUCCUUCUUCAGCCGGAGGAAGAACGGAGGAAACAAAACCUCAUUAUCAAAGACAGAUUUAUUAGAAGAUGGGUGUACAAAGAAGGCUUUAGUGGGUUCAAGAGGUACGUGACUGCAGCUGAGGAUAAGGAGCUUGAAGCUAAGAUUGCAGUCGUGGAAAAGUAUAACAUCAGGAUUCCAGAGCUGGUGGAGAGGAUAGAAAAAUGCCAUAUAGAAGACCGGGACUUUGCAGAGUACAUUUUGGGCACCGUGCACAAAGCCAAAGGCUUGGAGUUUGAUACUGUGCAUGUUUUGGAUGAUUUUGUGAAAGUGCCUUGUGCCAGGCACAACCUGGCACAGCUGCCCCACUUCAGAGUCGAGUCAUUUUCUGAGGACGAGUGGAAUUUACUGUAUGUUGCGGUAACUCGUGCCAAGAAGCGUCUCAUCAUGACCAAAUCGUUGGAGAACAUUCUGACUUUGGCUGGGGAGUACUUCUUGCAGGCAGAGCUGACAAGUAAUGUUUUAAAAACAGGAGUGGUCCGCUGCUGUGUAGGGCAGUGCAGCAACGCCAUCGCCGUGGACACCAUGCUCACCAUGAAGAAGCUCCCCAUCACUUACAGCAACAGGAAGGAAAACAAGGGUGGCUACCUCUGCCACUCCUGUGCAGAGCAGCGCAUCGGGCCCCUGGCCUUCUUGACUGCCUCCCCCGAGCAGGUGCACUCCAUGGAACGCACCAUCGAGAACAUCGUGCUGCCCAGACAUGAAGCUCUGCUUUUCCUUGUCUUCUGAAAGCCGAGAGGAGCGUUCUCCACAGUACAGAAUGCCUUGUGUGGACCACAGUUACUUGAACAAAGCCAGUGUGGGGUAGGGUUCUCACUGACCUGAGACUCUGAAUUCCCUCUCAGAACGUUUUUUGAGGAAGACGAAGCCAACCAGAGUUGGACCUGCCAUUUCUCCAUUCCCUCUAGGUAGCCAGUUUCCACUGCCCCUCCUCCAUGUGCGUCAGGCUGGGGACAUGGGGGAUGUUCUUUUGAUAAAAAAACAUUUUAUGUAUUUAAACUUUUAUUACCAGGUUUCAAUUAAACAGGCAUCGUAGCGCUGGCAUA